GCGCUCAAAUACAACUGAACCAUCGCCUGACUGGCUUCUUAGUAGGGCUAUAGCAAGCCAUGAUACCUGAAUGCCUCUUUAUCAAUGUCGUUCUUCUACAACCUACUGCGUACUUGAACUGGACCAGGGGAGCCAAGGUGAAUCUCCGAAGACCACCGGCGGUCGGUGACCCAGAAAGGUGUCAACGGAGAACUUCCUGAUUCCCAUCACCGGAGCUCUGAUUGGUGGACGGGUGGGCACUGAGCCUCGGGUAGGCGGUUUUCGGCGUUUUGAGCUGCAAAAGGCUCGGCUGCACUCGCCAACAGCCUCUCGGCUAUUCAAGGCUCAAACGUUAACGUCGAAACCAUCGAAGGAUUCCCCUCACAAUCAUCACCUUCUAGAUAUCCUUCUCGACACCUCAAAUCGGUCAUGCCCAUUGGCGCCCGAUAGGAUCGCAACUUGUCCGCAAUCGCCUCGUCCGCUUUCCCUCCACAUCUAUACAUUAUUGCGCCGACGAUGGCGUCAAAAGGCGCCGUCUUGCCUCUGUUGAGGCGCGAGAUGCGAUGCUCCUCUUCCCGACUCGCACGAGCUACCCCCGCGCUCGCCGUCCCUGUUUGCUCUCCUGCCACUUCCUUCGCGACCUCCCGUCGACAAAUUGCCCGCCGCUCCGCACCCUUCCUCCCACCUACUCAGAUCCGCGCCUUUUCGCAGUCAGUAACACGCCGGCUUGCCGAUGAGGAUGGAAACUUUGAUCCUCGUUCCAUGGAGCGAGAGUCCGACGAGGUGGAUGUCUGCAUUGUCGGUGGUGGCCCCUCCGGUCUCGCGGCCGCCAUUCGGUUGAAGCAGCUGGCGAACGAAGCUGGCAAUGAGGAGUUUCGAGUGAUUUUGUUAGAGAAAGCCGGCGAGCUGGGUGCUCAUAUCGUCUCCGGCAACGUUCUCCAGCCGACCGCGUUGAACGAGCUUCUCCCCGACUGGCUGUCAGAGGACAACCCCUCCCGCUUUGAGGGUGCGACUCCUGCCAAGGGUGACAAGAUGCGCUACCUCACUAAAAACUCGUCAUUCCCCCUCCCCACCCCGCCGCAGAUGCAUAACCACGGCAACUACAUCGUCAGUUUGAAUGAGUUGACCAAGUGGUUGGGUGAACGUGCGGAGGAGCUCGGCGUAGAGGUUUACCCCGGAUUUGCCGCCAGUGAGGUCGUCUACAACAGUGAUGGAUCUGUCAAGGGUGUUGCGACGAAUGAUCUCGGAAUCGGCCGGGAUGGCCAGCCGAAAGAUACAUUUGAGCGCGGUAUGGAAUUCCAUGCCCGCGUCACCCUCCUUGCCGAGGGAUGCCAUGGAAGCUUAACCAAGCAGGUGAUGAAGAAGUUCGAUCUGCGCCGAGACAGCCAGCCCCAAACGUACGGUCUGGGUAUUAAGGAAAUCUGGGAGAUCCAGCCCGAGAAGUUCAAGUCGGGUGAGAUCACCCACUCGAUGGGCUAUCCUUUACCCAAGGAUACCUACGGUGGCGCUUGGAUGUACCACUUUGGUGACAACAUGGUCAGCAUUGGUCUGGUGGUUGGUCUGGACUACCCCAACCCUUGGCUAUCGCCAUAUGGGGAGUUCCAGAAGCUGAAGCAGCACCCCAUGUUCCGGGAAGUGCUGGAGGGCGGCAAGUGUAUCUCCUAUGGUGCUCGUGCGCUGAACGAGGGUGGCUUCCAAUCCAUCCCCAAGUGCGCUUUCCCCGGUGGUGCUCUGAUCGGUGACACGGCUGGCUUCCUGAAUGUUCCUAAGAUCAAGGGUACUCACACUGCCAUGAAGUCGGGCAUGCUAGCCGCCGAGGCCACUUUUUCUGCUCUGCAGAGUAAGAAUGAGGGCACGGUGUUCCUGUUCGACUAUGAGAAGGCUUUGCGGAGUUCGUCCAUCUGGAAGGAGCUCUAUGAGGUGCGCAACAUCCGCCCCUCUUUCAACAGCUGGCUCGGCUUCUGGGGUGGUCUGCUCUACUCUGGAUUGGAAGCUAUGAUCUUCCGCGGCCGUGUGCCUUGGACUCUCAGUCAUCACGGUACGGAUGCCGCAGCUACCAAGCCCGCCUCGCAAUACAACAAGAUCGAGUACCCUAAGCCCGAUGGCGAGGUCACUUUCGACAUCCUGACCAGUGUGAGCCGCACGGGUACCAAUCAUGAGGAGGACCAGCCCGUCCACCUCCAGGUGAAAGACUGGGAGGCUCACAAGAACCUCGCCUGGCCCGUGUAUAAGGGUGUAGAGAACCGGUUCUGCCCGGCCGGUGUGUACGAGUACGUUGAAGAUUCCACCAAGCAGCACGGUGUCCGAUUCCAGAUCAACGCUCAAAACUGCAUUCACUGCAAGACCUGCGAUAUCAAGGUCCCUACCCAGGAUAUCAACUGGCAGACCCCACAGGGUGGAGAGGGUCCUAAGUAUAUCAUGACUUGAGGACUGUUUUCUGUUUCUAGGAAAGGAGUUCUGGGGGGAUUUUUUCGAAAUAGCGAGACCUUGAUCGCCUGUAUUGUACUGUACAUAUGCGAGAUUACCAAAAGCACAGAGCCUUGUGGUUACAUACCUUUUGAAUUACCCUGAACGGUUCUCUUCGAGUAUCGAGAAUCAAAGUACGGUGCAGCUCCCGUACAGUGUAUUCAUA